AUGGGCGGCUCGCAAUGUUUCCUCGCCACUUUGCUGGUUUACCUGUCCAUCAACAGCAUUCACGCCUUGGAGAGCGAAAACAUGCUGGGCGGCGAGGUAGCCCCACCCUGCGUGUACAAGUACCAGGCGUCGAUCAUGUUGAACGGCAAACAGAUAUGUGGCGGUGCAAUAAUCGACAAAAGCCACGUUGUGACGGCAGCCCACUGUUUGUUCGAAGAGGACGGCAGUAUCAGCGGACCCAAGCUCACCGUAAUGGCGGGCAUCAAUAAUCUCCACCAGCUGCAGGUCCAUUCGGCCGUCAAGUCCAACAUCAGCAAAAUAUACACUCCCUCGGCUUACGAGGUGUAUCAACCGGGUGCAGACAUUGCCGUGUUGAGGCUGACAACUCCUCUCCAUUUGGGGGAAAAUGCGUGCCUGGAUAAGAUUCAGUUGCCCAAAGGUGACGACAUGUACGUAGAUAAGAUAGCCACCGUCAGUGGUUACGGUUUGGUGUCACAUAACAACCAAAGAGUGCAGGACGCUUUGGAAAAAUCGGAUUUGGUUUCCGACCCUCAGCUACACUUCCUCAGAACUCGAGUGAUCGCGAAUAAUGAGUGUCGUUUGAAGUAUCUGCUGUACAAAAAAAAUUACAUGGAAGAGGUGCCACUUAUCAGAAUAAAUGAUUCGUUCAUCUGCGUUGAAGCUGUUAAAUCUCCAAAUGAUCCUCCCCGAGGCACAUGUGCGGGCGAUAGCGGUGGUCCAGUGAUAGUGGAUGGCAACGUGCUCGUUGGUAUCGUGGGAUUUGGGCCAUUAAAUUGUGAUGAAUACUUUUUGCCUGGAGCUCACGCACGAGUCUCGAAAUAUCUCACGUUUAUCGAAAAAGCUCUGCUCGACCACGACGACUGCUCGACUAGAAUGACGACGACCGAGGGAAUUGUUGUUUGCAUGGCGUAA